CGCUCUCCCUGCACGCUGCCGCCCGCAGGCUCUGAGUGGCGGCGGCCGGCUCGCGGGGAGCCCGCCUGGCUGCCUGGCUGGCGAGCAGCGGCGGAGCGGGGCUGGCUGAGGCGCGCUCGGAGGGAGGAUGAAAGUCACCGUGUGCUUCGGCCGGACCCGGGUGGUCGUGCCCUGCGGGGACGGGAACAUGAAAGUUUUCAGCCUGAUCGAGCAAGCGGCGACGAGGUACAGGAAGGCGAUCGCCAAGGAUCCAAAUUACUGGAUACAAGUACAUCGUCUGGAGCAUAGCGAUGGCGGAAUCCUUGACCGUGAUGAUAUUCUCUGUGAUGUAGCGGAUGAUAAAGACAGACUCGUAGCUGUAUUUGAUGAGCAAGACCCACACCAUGGAGGAGAUGGCACCAGCGCCAGUUCCACCGGCACCCAGAGCCCCGAGAUCUUUGGCAGUGAGCUGGGCACUAAUGCGGCUUCUGCCUUCCAGCCUUACCAAGCAACAAGUGAAAUUGAGGUCACGCCUUCAGUCCUUCGCACAAAUAUGCCUCUUCAUGUACGGCGCAGCAGUGAUCCUGCAUUAGUUGGUCUCUCAACAUCAGUCAGUGAGAACAAUUUUACAUCUGAAGAACCUUCUCGGAAAAACCCCACGAGAUGGUCCACAACAGCAGGCUUCCUCAAGCAGAACACUUCCGGUGGGCCAAGGACUCAUGAAAGAAAGAAAGAUGAAAAUUACAGAAGCCUCCCACGGGAUACAAGUAGCUGGUCUACUAACCAGUUUCAGAGAGACAAUGCUCGCUCUUCACUAAGUGCCACUCAUCCCAUGGUAGAUAAAUGGCUGGAGAGACAAGAACAGGAUGAAGAUGGGACAGAAGAAGAAAGCAGCAGGGUUGAGCCUGUGGGUCAUGCAGACACUGGCUUGGAGAAUACUGCCAACUAUUCUUUAGAUGAUAUGGUAAAGCUUGUCGAAGUCUCCAAUGACGGUGGACCUUUGGGAAUCCAUGUAGUGCCUUUCAGUGCCCGAGGCGGAAGAACUUUGGGAUUGUUAGUGAAGAGAUUGGAGAAAGGUGGGAAAGCCGAACAAGAAAAUCUCUUUCAUGAAAAUGACUGCAUUGUCAGAAUUAAUGACGGGGACCUUCGCAAUAGAAGAUUUGAGCAAGCACAGCAUAUGUUCCGUCAAGCCAUGCGAACACGCAUUAUUUGGUUCCAUGUGGUUCCGGCAGCAAAGAAAGAACAGUAUGAGCAGUUAUCGCAAAGUGAGAAGAAUGCGUACUACUCCAGUCGGUUCAACCCUGAUUCUCAGUAUAUUGACAAUAAGAGUAUUAACCACACUGGACUUCACACAUUGCAGAGAAUAACCCGAGUGAGCAAUCAAGCUGAUCAGCUGGACUCAUACUCACAACUACCUCAUAGUGCGAAUGCAUCAGGAAAACCACCUUUGGGCCUGUCACCAUCACCCCAAAAAGUUCUCAUCUCCACUUCGAACACUGGCUACAACACCAAAAGGAUAGGGAAGAGGAUUAAUAUACAACUGAGGAAAGGUACCGAAGGCCUCGGAUUUAGCAUCACUUCGAGAGAUGUUCCUAUUGGUGGCUCAGCUCCAAUUUAUGUGAAAAACAUCCUUCCAAGGGGCGCAGCUAUUCAAGAUGGAAGAUUAAAGGCUGGAGACCGGCUCAUUGAGGUCAAUGGAGUGGAUUUAGCAGGAAAAACCCAAGAAGAAGUUGUCUCACUGCUGAGAAGUACCAAGAUGGGUGGGACAGUAAGCCUUCUUAUUUUCCGCCAAGAGGAAACAUUCCAUCCAAGGGAACUGAAAACUGAACAAAGCCAGUCACAAUUUCCCAAGGAAACGAAAGCAGAAGAAGAAGAUCUUGUCCUUACGCCUGAUGGCACCAGGGAAUUCCUCACUUUUGAAGUUCCCCUUAAUGAUUCGGGAUCAGCUGGGCUUGGUGUUAGUGUGAAAGGUAACCGGUCAAAAGAGAACCAUGCAGACCUAGGCAUCUUUGUCAAGUCCAUUAUUAAUGGUGGAGCAGCUUCUAAGGAUGGAAGACUCCGAGUGAAUGAUCAACUAAUAGCAGUAAAUGGGGAAUCGUUACUAGGCAAGACCAACCAAGAUGCCAUGGAAACCCUGCGCAGGUCCAUGUCCACGGAGGGAAACAAACGUGGAAUGAUCCAGCUCAUUGUGGCAAGGCGAAUAAGCAAAUGCAGUGAGUUGGAGUCACCUGGGAGUCCCCCAGGGCCAGAGCUGCCUAUUGAGACAAUGUUGGACGACAGGGAGCGGAGGAUUUCUCAUUCCCUCUACAGCGGGAUCGAGGGUCUCAGCGAGUCACCCACCAGGAGUGCUGCCCUGAAUCGGAUAAUGGGCAAAUACCCGCUUUCUCCAACAGUCAACAUGCCCCAGGAUGACAUGGUCAUUAUAGAAGACGAUAGACUGCCAGUACUACCUCCACAUCUUUCAGACCAGUCAUCGUCCAGUUCCCACGAUGAUGUGGGCUUUGCAACAGUGGAUACUGGAGCCUGGAGUAAACCAGCAAUUAGUGAGUCCACAGAAUGCACUCUGAGUCCAGAUGUUGAUCCAGUGCUUGCCUUCCAGCGAGAGGGAUUUGGACGCCAGAGCAUGUCAGAAAAACGCACAAAGCAGUUUUCAGAUGCCAGCCAGUUGGACUUUGUUAAGACACGGAAAUCCAAAAGCAUGGACUUAGUAGCUGACGAGACUAAGCUCAGUACAAUGGAUGGCCAGAAAACAGGUUCCCCAACCAGAGAUGUGGGCCCUUCACUAGGCCUGAAGAAAUCCAGUUCAUUAGAAAGUUUGCAAACAGCAGUUGCUGAGGUGACUCUGAAUGGGGAUAUUCCUUUCCAUCGUCCGCGACCACGGAUAAUCCGAGGGCGAGGGUGCAACGAAAGUUUCCGAGCUGCAAUUGACAAAUCUUACGAUAAACCUGUGGCAGAUGAGGAUGAUGAAGGCAUGGAAACCUUGGAGGAAGACACUGAGGAAAGCUCACGAUCAGGAAGAGAAUCCGUUUCCACAUCAAGUGACCAACCAUCCCAUUCUCUGGAAAGGCAAAUCAAUGGCAGCCAAGAUAAAGGGGACCGAAAAAAAAUUGGGAAGGACAAGAAAAAGGAUCGCGAUAAAGAGAAGGAUAAAAUUAAAGCCAAGAAGGGAAUGCUCAAGGGCCUAGGAGACAUGUUCAGGUUUGGCAAACAUCGGAAAGAUGACAAGAUUGAGAAAAUAAAAGUGCAGGAAGCUGUUACAUCAGAAGAGGAGAGAAUACGAAUGAAGCAAGAACAGGAGAGAAUUCAAGCCAAGACUCGAGAAUUUCGUGAGAGACAAGCUCGGGAACGAGAUUAUGCUGAAAUCCAAGAUUUAAACAGGACUUUUGGAUAUGAUGGUGACACAAUGUAUGCCAGAAUUCCUUCAUAUAAUUCCCCCACAAACAGUGACACAAUGAACAAUAGACCACAGAGCCCAAGGGAAGGACCGACUGCUGAAGCAUUAUAUGCCCAAGUAAAGAAAGCAAGCAGUUCAAAGUCUUCACCUGCAGACAGAUCAGCCCCGAGCAAUCAUGAUCGGAUACAGCGUCUAAGGCAAGAAUUUCAGCAGGCAAAACAAGAUGAAGAUGUGGAAGACAGGAGGCGGACGUACAGUUUUGAACAACCAUGGCCAAAUUCAAAGACUUACUCGCAAAGUGGUAGGCAUUCGGUAUCGGUUGAAGUACAGAUGCAAAAGCAGCGGCAAGAAGAAAGAGAGAAUUUCCAGCAAGCUCAGCGGCAGUACAGUUCAUUACCCAGGCAAAGCCGGAAAAAUGCAAGCUCCGUGUCUCAAGAUUCCUGGGAGCAGAACUACCCUCCAGGUGAAGGUUUCCAGAGUGCAAAAGACAACCCCCGGUACUCCAGUUAUCAGGGUUCCAGGAACGGCUACAUGGGAGGCCACGGCUUCAACGCCCGGGUCAUGCUUGAAACACAAGAGCUGUUGCGUCAGGAGCAGAGACGCAAAGAGCAGCAACUGAAAAAAAAGACAUCUUCUGAAGGGUCCAGCAAUUAUGACUCCUAUAAGAAAGUUCAGGACCCUAAUUAUGCGAUUCCAAAAGGCCCCUUCAGGCAAGAUGUUCCACCUUCACCAUCUCAGGUUGCCAGGUUAAACAGAUUACAGACGCCAGAAAAGGGAAGACCAUUUUACUCGUGAGUCACAAGUCAACAGCCCAUGCAAUAAUGGAACAUUUUCAUAUGAAGAGACUUGUAUCUGGGGAAGAAAAGCAUCCUUCGUUUUACGUUGGAGGUACUAAGGAAUUUCUGCCUGUUUCAGUGCCUUUAGCAAUAUGGGCAAAGAAUUGGAGGGCCUUACGCUUCUGCCGUUGUGUCUCGUCUCAAGUGUUACAGCCACAAAAGGAUCCAUCAUUUGACAAUCAUACUCUAGGCAAGUGACGUGUUUUAGUUAUGUGUCCCGGCCUGGUCCUGUGCUAUCCAAUGGCUGCUUGGCUACUUCUUGCUAUCAGGUGUUCAACCCCGCAGAGAAUUAUGGUUCCAACAUACAUCAUCUGAGUAGAGAAUGCAUCGCCAUUCCUUUUAUCGUUUCAGGUUGAGGGAAAGGGGUGCAUGUCCGUCAUAAGCAGAGGUCCACGUGAGGUCUCUGGUCCAAGGUGUCUUACAGCGAUCAAUAUUUAAAUGUCCGUAUGCCGAAAUACUGUUUUUGUUCAGUGGUCCAUGUUCACUCUCGAGUACUAUUGGAAAGCUUUAUCCUUAUUCCUACGCAAAACUUUUUGUAUUGUUCAGUUUCGUUUAUCCUGGGGACCUUGUUGCAUUUGUCUUAUACCUUAACCAUAUAUACAUUAUAUUAUCGGUGAGAACAUUGUAUUUAUAAGUUAACAUUGGUGAAUAUCAUUGGAGAAAAUUUUGUGCUUUCAUCAAAUAUGUGGAAUGGAUGGGAAGAAAAGACCUGCCUGGUGUGGUGUAGUAUGUUUGUGUGGGGUGGGGUUAUAAAAUGUUUCCCAUUACAUAAAAAUGGAACCCCAAAAAUGAAUUAUUCAUGAAUCAAUGCUCAGUUACUGCAUAUGACUUGGUAAUUUAAUUUGUGUUUAUUUUGUGGGUGGGAAAAUGCAGGACAGAAAAAAUGAAUUUCUAUUUUUGAAUUAAAAUAGCUUUUUUAAACCUGUCUUUUUUGACAAUUUGUAAAGGCUUGUGGACAAUUUGCGCCUCGCUUCCACGUUACUGUAUUUUUGUGUCUCAGCAUCACAAUGAAAAUCAGCCACAAACACUUAUAACUAAAAGAUAAAUGGGGGGAAAUUGGUACACAUCAUCAUGAAAACAUGUUGCUAUCCAAAAAUAACUGAAACGAAAAGAUUGUUUUGGCAGAGUUAUUUUUAAUGUGCAGAUUGAGUAUAUUAAUUUUUCCUUUGCAACAGCUGGUUUUAUGUUUGAGGGUCUGAACUUUCAUGUAUUGUGAAAAAAUGUAUAACUGGAUUGCUAAAGUGCCUGCAAAUCCUGAUGUGAAACGGCUUGAGAUUUAAAACUCAGCAUAUCAUGCAUAAAUGAACAAAAGGAAAGAAGCACCAUGUAUUGUGUAUGAUUGAUAAUUUGCCUUUUUUUAAAAAAUAGAAAAGAAACUCAGCCCAUUUUACUUUUGCCUCAACCUGUUUCUAGAAUAUAUGUGAAAAUUCAGCACAUGCUAUCUGUGUCUUUUAUGCCUGUUAAAUUUCUUUGUUAAUAUACUCAAGUGUUAAAAUUUGUUACUAAUGUAAGCACAACAACCUUGGAUGACUAUGGCUCUUUUACGCAGAGGCUUACAACACUGUGUAAAAUGGCACUUUGUAAAUACAGAAAUUUAGAAUAAAAAGACUUUUUGUCUUGGUUUCAACCUC